CUCGUGGAUUACUGCCAAUAUCUGACCAUAUACUCUCGUUUAUAAACAUGAAGGCUUCAACGCAAGCUCUUCUUGCCACUCUUUCUUUUGCUCCUUGUGCUCUCGGUGCCGCCUGCAGGAUAAGGACCACAGUUUUGGGAAGCUGGUCCGGCGAUGAAUAUACGCCUUCCAGCUCGCCAGGAGCUACUGUCCCUGCAACAUGGAGUUCAGUAAAUCCUGAUAAUGCACAAUCUUACCCAUGGGGCCCCUCAAGCGGGUCGAUCUCCCGCAAUGGAUACUCAGGAAAGCCCUCGGAGACACACUCGAGCAAGCAAUUGCCAUCUAAAAGCUCAGUCCAGCCCUAUUGGAGCUCUCUUGCCGCUGUGUCUAGUGAUUCAGUUUCAGCUGCCCACACGGGAAGCGCCAGUUCCUGGGCAUACAUCUCUCGCUCGCCAGCACCUGAAUCGUCGAAAAUCUCUUAUGGCUCUUCCGUCCCCGCGGGAAUACCCAGCUCUUCGAGAUCUGUAGUUACGUCAAGGGCCGUGUCAUCUAGCCAGGCAUACAGCACCUCUUCUGCUUCUCCGUCCAGGUCCGUUCCUUCAUCCAGUACGUCCUCCGUCCCACCAGUCUUCUCAACGUCUUGUAAUGGCAAGACGUACAUUUACAACGAGUUGGCGGGUUAUGGUGUAUUGCCCGGCGACUCACGCGACUCGUUCGGCGACACUCUUGGAGGAUUCGGGUCUGCUAUCGCCAUCGACAGGAAAUCCUGGACGAAAGUGGGCGAUUCGUAUACAUUUACUCUCUAUGCACUUCCUGACAGAGGAUGGAAUACCGAAGGCACGCUCAACUUCCAGAGUCGCGUCCACAAAUUCCAAAUGACUUUCACUCCUGCUCCUGGGGCAACAGUCGACAACCCCUCAGCUCCCAACCUUGUCUUCAAGUACGUUGACACAUUGCUUCUGACUGGCCCAGAUGGCGUUCCCACUACUGGACUCAACGCCGACGAACUCGACUACGAAACCAUCGAUGGCUUCCCUAUCAUGCCAGUUGCAACUUACACUGGAGACGGCUUCGGAGGAUCUGGUCCAGGCGGGCGUCGGAUCUCCGUUGAUGCCGAAGGUCUACAUCUUGGGUCUGACGGUUCGUUUUGGGUCAGUGACGAGUACGGUCCGUACAUCUACCAGUUCGACGCCAGUGGCAAGAUGUUGCAAGCAAUUGCACCUCCGCCAGCCAUUGUUCCGGAAAGAAAUGGCUCCAUCUCCUUCACCACGGAUGACGCGUUCAUCUAUGAUCAGGACUUUACGAUCGAGCCAGACGAUCCUGACCAGGGACGAGAAAACAACCAAGGUUUCGAAGGCUUCACGGCUGACCCGAGCGGCAAAAACAUCUGGGCUCUGGUCCAAUCCGCCUGCUCUCAAGAAGGCGGCACACAUAAGGCUGACCGAAGGUACACACGUUUAGUGCAGUAUGACGUCUCGGCAACUCCUCGACUGGUUGGGGAGUGGGUUGUGCCUUUGCCCUUGUACAACGACUCGGGCAGCACGUUGGUCGCCGCCCAGUCCGAGAUCCACUACAUCUCAGACACGCAGUUCCUCAUCCUGUCGCGCGACAAGAACCACGGCCACGGCCAGGACGAUUCCACCUCCAUCUAUCGCCACGCAGACGUGUUCGACAUUUCCGCGGCAACCAACAUCGUCGGCGUCUACGACGCGGUCGAUGGACAGAUCGCUACUUCGAAGGGCGUCCUGAACGCGUCGAUCACGCCGGCAGAGUACUGCAGCUUCAUCGACUACAACAUCAACGCGCAGCUCAACCGCUUCGGCGUGCACAACGGCGGCGACCAAAACUCGACGCUGCUGAACGAGAAGUGGGAGUCCUUGGCGCUGAUGCCGGCCGAGGGCGAGGACGAGUACUACCUGUUCUCCCUGUCGGACAACGACUUCAUCACCCAAAACGGAUUCAUGAACUUCGGACGGUUUCCGUACGCGGACAGCUCCGGCUACAACCUUGACAAUCAGGCGCUUGUCUUCAAGGUGACGCUUCCGAAAGGAUCAUCGCCGCUGGUGAGCUGAUUGGUCCGUCUAUUUUCAGCCAGAUAUUGGCGUUUGCAUACGUAGAUAAUACGCCUCAUUCCAAUAAUUCUUAAUCGUGUUCAGAGGGUAGAGAGAAGUUCGAUGUGUGUGUGUGUG